GACGGCUGUGGCUGCCCUUGGCAGUGCCUGACAGACUAAUUGCCAUUUCGAGGGUGGUUUUACUUUGGCUGAACCCUGUCGCGGAUUGGAAUUUGGAUGUGUUCUCUUGGCUGGGGUUGCCAUGUAAUAGGCGCCGUGGUGACCGGCCAGCGGCUUCCUGGAGCUCCGGCCUCGCUCAGGACGACUGUCUCAGGGGCCUUCCGUGUAGGACCCGCUUUUUGUCAAAAUGGCAGCGCCCAUCGUGUACUGGUGUCCAUGAAGUGAGAGAUUGAGCUGUGGGUGAGAGCGUGUGUGCCCUUGACAUUUCUUAUCAGCACUGCUUCACUGAAUCCCUGUAUUCAGUAUGUAAAUAUCAUGAGGAAGAAUAACUGUCACGUCCAUCUUCUCAUGAAAGUGCUCCAGGAACAACUCACUUGACUGAGGCUAGGGGUACAGAGCAGGACAAAAAGACUGGUGAUGGCAGUGGCAAGUCAGAGAGCAUCAGAAGUCCAGGAGGUGAUGGAGCACUGUCCUGAUACUCCGAGUCUGGGGAAGAACCUGGAAGGGAUUCUGUGUGCUUUUAGUUCCCAUCUCCUUAAAGCAGGCAACACAGGGGGACCUGGGUACUGUUCUCUACAGCUGCUUCAUCAUUUUGCUUUCUCACCACCAGUGCACAGAGUUCCAGUUUCUCUACGCAGGAGAAUCUGUGAGGAGUUUCUAUGAUGGUUUGUUCAGCUCUCAGGAGGGCUGCCCAUGCACACGUCUGCCUGGUGAGGAAGAUCAGUCCUGUCAGCAGAAGCCAUCAGCAUCAUGUGUGGGGUUCCAGGCCGGCUGCAUCAGAGUUUGUUGCCCAAGGAGCUCCAGGCAGUGUCACAGAGUUGCUGGGCAAGUCCUACCCUCAGGAUGACCAUACCAACCUCACCCAGAAGGUCCUGUCCAGAGUUGGGAGGAACCUGCACAACCAGCAGCACCACCCUCUGUGGCUGAUCAAGGAGAGAGUGAAGGAGCACUUCUACAAGCAGUAUGUGGGCCGCUCUGGGACACCACUAUUCUCGGUCUAUGACGACCUAUGUCCAGUGGUCACCACCUGGCAGAACUUUGAUAGCCUGCUCAUCCCAGCUCACCACCCCAGCAGGAAGAAGGGGGACAAUUACUACUUGAAUCGAACUCACAUGCUGAGAGCACACACUUCUGCACACCAGUGGGACUUGGUGCAUGCAGGACUGGAUGCCUUCCUGGUGGUGGGUGAUGUCUACCGGCGUGACCAGAUUGACUCCCAGCACUACCCAGUUUUCCACCAGUUGGAGGGUGUUCGGCUCUUCUCCCAGCAUGAGUUAUUUGCUGAUAUAAAGGAUGGAGACUGCCUGAAGCUCUUUGAACAAAGUUCUCGCUCUGCUCAUAAGCAAGAGACACAUACCAUGGAGGCCUUGAAGCUUGUAGAGUUUGACCUUAAGCAAACUCUCAGCAGGCUUGUGACAUACCUGUUUGGAGAUGGGUUGGAGAUAAGAUGGGUGGACUGCUACUUUCCUUUUACUCAUCCUUCCUUCGAGAUGGAGAUCAACUUCCACGGAGAAUGGCUAGAAGUUCUUGGCUGUGGGGUGAUGGAACAACAACUGGUCAAUUCAGCUGGUGCUCAAGAUCGAAUGGGCUGGGCUUUUGGCCUGGGGUUAGAAAGACUGGCCAUGAUCCUCUAUGACAUCCCUGAUAUCCGCCUCUUCUGGAGUGAGGACGAGCGCUUCCUGAAGCAGUUCCGCAUCUCGGACAUUAAUCAGAAGGUGAAGUUCCAGCCUCUCAGCAAAUACCCUGCCGUGAUAAAUGACAUCUCAUUCUGGUUGCCCUCUGAGAAUUACACAGAGAACGAUUUCUAUGACUUAGUCCGAACAAUUGGAGGAGACCUGGUGGAAAAGGUUGAUCUUAUAGACAAGUUUGAACAUCCAAAGACCAACAGGACCAGCCACUGUUACCGCAUCACCUAUCGCCACAUGGAACGGACACUGUCCCAGAGAGAGGUCACACACGUCCAUCAGUCUGUGCAGGAGGCCGCAGUGCAGCUUCUGGGCGUGGAGGGUCGGUUUUGAUGUCACCUCUUCUCCCCACCUGUGGCCCUCUCAGGGCUCCAGGAUUUGCUGAAAGAGGAAAACCUAUUGUUUGUGACCUGGAACAUCAGUCAUCUGUUGGUAAAUGGUCAGUUUGAGGACUUGGAGGAAAUAAAGGAUCGCUCUUGAAGGCGU